UUAGAUAACAUCAUGGCACCCAUUUAUGGCGGGAAAAACGUUAAAAGCGGCACCCUCUCUCUCUUGAUCCUUUCCCUUCAAUGCGACUCUCACUUUCUCUCUCUUCAUCUCACUGCUUCCUCCCUCUCUCCCGCACUUUUUCUUCAAUGGCCUCCAGGCCGAAUUCCCUGAUGUGGUUUCGAAAGGGUCUUCGGAUCCACGACAACCCGGCUCUCGAGUACUCCGCCAGUGACUCCAAUUACCUCUAUCCUGUGUUCGUCAUCGACCCGCACUACAUGGAGCCCGACCCUAAUUCGUUCUCUCCCGGAUCAGCCCGUGCCGGCUUGAACCGGAUUCGGUUCUUGCUCGAAAGCCUCGUGGAUCUCGACUCCAGCCUCCAGAAACUCGGGUCUCGUUUGUUGGUGUUGAAGGGUGAACCCAGCGAGGUCUUGAUUCGCUGCUUCAAAGAGUGGGAUAUAAAGAAACUAUGCUUUGAACAUGACACAGAACCGUACUAUCAAGAUUUAGAUGUUAAAAUCAAGAAGUAUGCUUCUGAAGCUGGUAUUGAGGUUUUCUCUCCUGUCAGUCACACUCUCUUUAAUCCUGCAGAUAUCAUACGAAAGAAUGGGGGAAGGCCGCCUCUGAGUUAUCAAUCAUUUGUGAAGCUUGCUGGGCAACCCUCUUGGGCGUCAUCCCCGCUCUCAACCAUGAUUUCUUCGCUUCCUUCAGUUGGAAAUGUUGGAAAUUGUGAGAUUUCAGAAGUCCCUAUAGUCAAAGAACUUGGCUAUGAAGAUAUCGGACAGGAUGAGUUAACUCCUUUUAAAGGCGGUGAAUCAGAAGCAUUGAAGAGGUUGAGAGAAUCAAUUAAGGACAAGGAAUGGGUGGCAAACUUUGAGAAACCAAAGGGUGACCCAUCUGCAUUUCUAAAGCCAGCGACAACAGUUUUGUCACCUUACUUGAAAUUUGGUUGUCUCUCUUCCAGGUAUUUCUACCAAUGCAUUCAGGAUGUUCAGAACAAUGUCAACAGGCACACUUCACCACCAGUUUCCCUUCUUGGACAGUUGUUAUGGCGAGACUUUUUCUAUACUGUUGCUGUUGGCACUCCUAAUUUUGAUCGGAUGAAGGACAAUAGAAUCUGCAAGCAGAUUCCUUGGAGCAAUGAUGAUGAAUUGCUGGCAGCUUGGAGAGAUGCCAGGACAGGAUUCCCUUGGAUUGAUGCCAUCAUGGUCCAGCUUCGGAAGUGGGGUUGGAUGCACCAUCUUGCACGGCAUUGUGUUGCAUGUUUUCUAACUCGUGGAGAUCUGUUUGUUCACUGGGAAAAAGGGCGCGAUGUUUUUGAGAGACUUCUGAUCGAUUCAGAUUGGGCAAUUAAUAAUGGAAAUUGGUUAUGGCUCUCAUGCUCAUCUUUUUUUUACCAGUAUAACCGCAUCUACUCUCCAACCUCUUUUGGGAAGAAAUAUGAUCCCAAUGGUAACUACAUUAGGCAUUUUCUCCCUGUGCUGAAAGAUAUGCCAAAGGAGUAUAUUUAUGAGCCCUGGUCAGCUCCACUAAGCAUCCAAACCAAAGCAAAGUGCAUAAUUGGGAAAGAUUAUCCAAAACCAGUGGUUUCCCAUGAUACUGCAAGCAAAGAAUGUAAGAGAAAUUUAGCUGAAGCAUAUGAGUUGAACAGAAAACUUAGUGGAUUGGUGAGCGAGGAAGAACUGAAAAACUUGAGGAAAAAAUCCGAUGAAGAUCAGAUCCGGGAGACCAAAUCAAAGAGGCAAAAACAAAAGCUGAUUGGCUGAGGCCAAGGGAACUACCAUCUCAGCUGGAAACCGGUUCCAUGCCGGAAUUACACCAUCAAUUAUGUGGAUUGUGUGGCUGAUAACCAUCUGACCCUCAUGCUCAACUAGAUGCUGGACAAAGCAAGAGGUGGAGAUUGAUCUCCUUGAAAAUCCUAUAUGCUUGAUCGCACUUCAUACUUGUAGAUUUGUGUUGUCUGCAAUCAAUACAUUUACUUAUAUAUGUAUGUAUAUAAGUUAUCUUACAUUAUCCUCAAUCAGUAACAACCGUAGUCUGUUGACUUCAACCUUGACGUGUCUUGGGGCUCACACUGCAGUGGUAUGUUUCACCAUUCUGAGAGUAUAUAAUGCUAGUGAAAGUGCACGCCCAAUGGCCCCAAUGUAUGUGAUUAAAAUCAACUUAUAAUAUUAAUUAAAAUUUCAUAAACAGAUUAUUAAUUAGAAACUCA